AUAUCCAACUCCUUCUCACCCACUUUCUUCCCCACACAAACCCGACGAGACCCCAUUCCCCUCCCCAGCAAAACACCACUAAAUACUCACCCCUCCCCCCUCAAAUUUUCCAAAACCAAUCAAAGCUCCAAGCUCGACAAUGGCCAAGUUCUCAACUCCAAUAACGCUAACCUCCUCCUCCUCCUCAGUCUCGUCCUCCCCUCUCAAUCAGAAACCAUCCACGAUCUCCUCCCAACCUACGGACUGCCCCCCGGCCUCCUCCCCUCCACCGCCUUCAAGUCCUACUCUCUCACCACCGACAACGAGUUCUUCAUCGAGCUCGCCUCCAGCUGCUACGUUCACUUCUCGUCCGACCUCGUAUACUACGGGAAUAAGAUCACCGGAAAGCUGUCGUACGGUCGGCUCACAGACAUCACCGGAGUCGAAGCCAGGAGGUUCUUCAUUUGGGUUCCCAUCACCGAGAUGAUAGUCCAUCCUGCCGAUAACACCAUCGAGUUCCAUUCCGGGUUUUUGUCGGAGGCACGGCCUAUUGCGGAGUUCAAGGAGGUGCACCCGUGCAAAUCUAGUGUUGGGGGUUGCAGGGGAGUGGACGGGAUUUUGAAGGAGGAGGUUCUUGCUGUUGCUGAGGUUUGAUUGAGCAGAAAUAUUCUCAAAUGAGCUUGGACCGUGCUGGUAUCACUUAUGAAAUUGGUUCCAUAUAUUGGUUUAUUUUUGCACGUACAAGACUUUAUUUCCGAUUUAUGUAUUUCUGUAUGUCGCUGAGACUCACUUCCUGAAAUAAGAUUGGAUGUUAUUCUAGCUGCUACACAACAACGUCGCUCGUGUACUCGAAAUAAUAUUCCACUUAAUUCACUGUUUUCUUUGGAUC